GCUAAAGUCUAGGACAUGUUUUGAUUAAGGUAUGCUAUUCGCUAGUAAUCAUUAGUAGUCAUGAGAAUCAAGUUUAUAAUCUUGAGACGAACCCGCCACACACGUGACCCAGCCUCACCCGCCUCAUGUGGCGCAAGGCUAUCUUCCGACGUCCCAAUUCUUCCUCCAGACAGCUCCUCCAACGCCAACCAUCAUCACAGAUCAGCCUCAACCAACCUUGUCGCCACAUCUCAUCUUCACAAACAUGGCCAACUUCCUCGCCUCUAUUUUCGGCACCGAGCUUGACAAGGUCAACUGCUCCUUCUACUUCAAAAUUGGUGCCUGCAGACAUGGCGACCGCUGCUCUCGAAAACACGUCAAGCCCUCCUACAGCCAGACCAUCCUGAUGCCCAACCUCUACCAGAACCCGGCCUACGAUCCCAAGAAUCGCAUGAACCCAUCCCAGCUCCAGAACCACUUCGACGCCUUUUACGAGGACAUCUGGUGCGAGUUGUGCAAGUACGGCGAGCUCGAGGAGCUCGUUGUCUGCGACAACAACAAUGACCACCUCAUCGGCAACGUCUACGCGCGAUUCAAGUACGAGGAAUCUGCCCAGAAGGCCUGCGACGAACUCAACAGCCGCUGGUACGCUGCGCGCCCCAUCUACUGCGAGCUUAGCCCGGUGACCGACUUCCGCGAGGCCUGCUGCCGCCUUAACUCUGGCGAGGGCUGCGUCCGCGGCGGCUUCUGCAACUUCAUCCACCGCAAGAACCCCGGCGAGGAGCUCGAUCGCGACCUUACACUCAGUACUAAGAAGUGGCUCAAAACCCGCGGCCGUGACGAGAAGAGCGUCAGUCGUUCGCCGACCCCGGAGCCUACGCGACGUCGGUUCUAGUGUCUUUAGUUGUUGUGUUUUGUGGUUCCAAUCCAAUUGAUCAAGGGGAGAAGGAAAAGAAUCCACUCCCGAGGGCGGUCUGGGUCAUGGCGUUUAAGGAAGGGGCUUUGGGUAGCUUCAUUUAGGGUGUGUUGAUGAUGCCACAUUUAUA